AUGCCUCUGAACUCCUCUGAUGGAAACCGGACCACCUCCGCCUUCACCUCCAAACUGACCCCAGCUGCUGACAUAUGCGUGGGACUGGCCAUCUUCUCCAUCACUCUGCUCUCUGUCCUGGGGAAUGGGCUGGUGCUGGUGAUCUGUUACCUCAGGAGGAAGAAGAUGGUGGGCUCGGAGCUGCUGUGCGUCAACCUGGCUGUUGUCGACUUCCUCUCCUGCAUCUGCUUCUACCCGCUCGCCAUCCUGUCCUCCUUCCACCACGCCUGGCUGGGAGAAAACGUCACGUGCGUUUACUACGGCUUCGGCUGCUACAUCUUUGGCUUGUGCGGCAUGUUCACCAUCACUGCCAUCAGCAUCAUCCGCUACCUAAAGACCUGCUACAGCUUGGCUUACGCUGUGUGGCUGAAAGGAGCCAACAUCCGCCUCUUGUGCUGUGCUAUCUGGCUGGUUGCUACAGUGUGGUCCAGCUUCCCUAUGUUCGGCUGGGGCGAGUACGUCCCUGAGCCUUACGGACUGUCCUGCACAAUCGCCUGGCGGGGUUAUCACACCUCCGCCAAGGAUGCCUUCUAUGUCAUCUGCUCCUUUGCCUGCUUCACGCUGGUUCCCGUCCUCCUCAUUGUGGUGUCGCAGUGCAGGAUCCUCUACAAGGUGUCCCACUUCUCCUACUCGCUGUCUGCUAGGGGCAUCCGCAACAACCUGCGCCACGCUGAGAAGCGGCUCUCCAUGAUGUUUUUCUGCAUCAGUUUGGGUUUUGUAAUUGCCUGGGCCCCCUACGCUGUCGUGUCCUUCCUUUUCAUUUUCCACAAGGAGCACCGGUACAUGGCUCCGGAGGGUUUCGUGUUGCCCGCCCUCUUCGCCAAAAGCUCCCACAUCUACAACCCAUUCAUCUACUUCUACUUCAACAAGACUUUCCAGCGGGAGCUCCACCGGCUGCUUCUCUCAACCUAUCACAAGCUGGGAGGAAACAGAGUCGGGGUCCACGUUACCAUGGCCCGUCAGGCCCCAAACCCCAUCCAUAUUCAGCUCCAGGAACAAGGAUCCAGCCAAAAGAAUAAAUUGGGCUCGUCUCAAGAUGGAACUCAAAGCAAACGCAAACAUAAACGCAAAGCACUGCAGAGCAGCAACAACCAUGACAGGCUGGUGUACACCUGCUGGGGCUCCACAUCGAAGAAAGCCUCCACCAUCUCCAAUAAUAAACCUGCCAGGGCCUCCAUGCCUAUCUCUAUAUAAACUCUAACAAAUUAAUUAGGAGUCAUUGCACUAAUGUUUGAGAAAUUGCUGACUUCGUCAUGUAUCCAUACAAACAAUAAGUCUAACCCACGUGUUCCAGGGUACCGCGUAGUGUUGCAUCUGAGUUCACCGAGACGAGCAGUUCACAUAUUUGGGCUAAUUCUGUGUUGCCAGUGUUUCCCCUGCAGUCGCCACAGCCUGCACCACUCUGUGUGUGUUGGGGAAGUUUUACAGUAAGAAACUUUUACCAAAUGUCAUCAUCUAUGUGGUCUUAACUUAUCGUAAAGAAAGCUGAAGAGGUAAAAACCACAUCAAAACUGUAUAGAUAUAUAUUUUUUCCUCUUUUGUCUCUUGUUUCUUGAUUCAUGUUAUUUGGAUGAGCAGCUGUUGAGAAAAGCUGCGACCAGUCUGCCCGUUCUGCACGACUACGUUUUGAUCACACACUCACACACGCACAAUCAGUGAAUGUAUCUUUGUCGCUGUCCUCUUUUUCAAACAAUAACUUGCCUGCAUGUGAUGCGUUUGUGGGCUCUGUAGUGCAUUUGCUGAUUUUGUAAGUUAUGCGUGAGACUGCGAGAAUGUAUUUCGACCAGUGUGUGUCCAAAUACUUCGACUCAGAGAGAAAGCAUGUGAGGACUGUUCACAGGCGUCAAAUGAACUGGAAUUCAGCUUGACACUGGAAUUACAUUUUUUAAAAGGAGACUUGCAGUCUUUGAACAUUUAUAUAAUUUGGACA